AUGACCGACAAGAAACAGACGACAGACGACGUCCUGUCCAUGCUGGACUCUCUAGAGUCCGAGGCCAAGAGCGACAAGACUAGCAAGACCUCCAAGAGCGACAAGAAGGAGACUUCCACAGACUCUUCCAAGGCUGCUGACAAGAAGACUGAUGCCAAGGACGACGAUGAUAUCCUUGGGUUCCUCGAUUCACUGGCCAAGAACCCCAAGGCGACUCCCGCCACCAAGGCUGGCAUCGAGAAGGUGAAGAGCGAGGUCCAGAGUGGCAACAUGAGCAUUGAGGAUGCCGUCAAGAGCGUCAAGGAGGAAGAGCCUGUUAAGAAGGAGACUGCUGACGACUCUGACGUCGACCACGCUGCUUCUGCUGCCCCCGUGGAUGCCGGAGCCGCCAUUGGAGCUGCUCUGUCCUGGUGGAAUAGAAACAAGGAUGGCAUUUGGGACACGGCAUCUGCGGCAGUCAAGCAGGCCGAAGCCAAGGUCAAGGAGCUGCAGGAGCUUACCAACCAGGAGGUUGAGGCCGCCGAGCGGGGCGAAAGCAAGCCUGCCAUCACUGUGGCUGGUCUCACCGAGAUGCUCAAGAAACAGUCGUUAUUCUCGACCGUUCUGGACACCAUUGCUCCUCCCAUUUCGCGACACGAGCAGCUCAAGAUCCAUGUGUUCCACGACCUCGUCGGCUACCCCGCCAUCGAUACAAUUGUCUACAAUGUCUUUUCCAAGGUGAUGCAGCAGGUGGAGGGCGGAGGAGAGCUCAAGCUGGUGGUGCAGAAGGGUAAGGAGCGUCACCGACGAGGAUCAGACGCCUCCGUUACCCGGGACCUCAACACCUUUGUGGGAACCGCCCAGCAGGCUGAAAAGCUCGCCAUGGCCACUCUGGAAGAGUACACCAAAAAGGACGCCAAGCCCGAGCCGUCUCCCGAAGAUGACCCUGAGGUUUCAAUCCCCGAAGAGGAGCCCACUAUCCGAGUGUCCUCCAUCUUUGUGUCCAUCCAGCCGUUUGUGGACGAAAACAAGUUCCAGUUUGCCGUUCGAGUGGCUGACCCUGACCACGAUUUCGGAACCACCAUCAAUUCUCAGGCAUUCCCCUCCCAGUGGGCCCAAUGGCUCGACGAGAAGGAGAACCCUCAUGCUGAGAAGGGUGUCGAUACUCGGGACUGGGUGGUUGACUGGAUCGAGGAGGGUCUUGGUCUGACCAUUGGUGUGGGUGCUCAGGAGUACGUCAUGAGCCGAAUGGGUAUCAAACUGGAGACUAAGAAGUAA